CUUCGGUGCCACUGCCAGUGGACGCCGUCCGAUUGCUCGAUCACCAUCGCCGCGUCAUCGAGGAGCACGGUCACCGUUACUGGCGAAUGCGGUGCGCUCUCCGCCACCCUAUCGUUCACGCUCUCGCUCACGAUCGCGCGGUGCGCUGCGAUCACUUUCGCCACGAUCACCGCGUGGACGAUACGCACGCUCGUUACGUUCCCGGUCACGAUCCUACUCACGUUCACCAUCACCACUGCCGGCUAGUGCUGCUGGAGGUGCCGUUGGCGCCCACCGACAUCGACGUUCACGAUCGCUACGAUCACGCUCGCGAUCACCGGUGAUGCACGAGCGGAGGGGUGAACGGCGCUCGAAGAAGAAAUCUAAACGAAAAUCAAAACGGCUCGUCUCGCUGAGUCGCAGCAGAAGCCGUAGCCGUAGCCGUAGUCGAAGCCGCAGUCGCAGUCGUAGCCGAAGCCGCACUCCAGUCGAUCGUCGCGGACGUCGGCUCCAGAAGGUGUCGUCCUCAGCGGCCGUGAGCGGUCGUAGUCGAAAGAAGAAAACGAAACGGGACCGUAGCAUGUCACCGGUGCUGGCUGUCCCACGGUCUACCUUGACGACGUCCAGUAGUAAGAAGCAGAAAAAGAAGAACCGGAAACGAUCGUCUCUGUCACCGAUCAUGUCACGAUCCGUAUCACGGACGCCACCUCCACCGACGAGCAAAGGCCAGCGGCAGCGUGGAUCGUGGACCCCUCCACCACUACCCGCAACGGGCGGUACCGGUGCUAGCCGAGUGAAAACGAACGGUGCCGCCAACCUGACGGUCAUACUGACCAACGAAGAAGCGAUCGCCAAGCAGCAGCAGCAGCAGCAGCAGCUAUUGCAAGAAGGAGGUAGCGGAGGUAGCAAGGAGCAGCAGCGCAACAGCAGCAGCAGCAGCAGCAAGGCGGCACGCAAGGAAGCUCGUCGUCGGGAGCGUGCCCGUGAGAAGCAUAAUCUACCCUCGAAGGAAGUAUUUACAUCGGGUGAUAAUAUUCUAGUAAGUGUUAGCUUUAACGACAAAUCAUCGACAUCGGCUGCGGCAUCGGCGGCGAUGGCGAGCGGAUCGGUGGGCGGUGGUAAGGAGAGCGCAGGCGGCGGUGAUCACCAUCAUCACCAUCAUCAUCAGCUCGGAGGUAGCAGCGGGACAACGGGCGGAUCGACCACCACCGGAUCGAAGCAUCGAUCGAAGGACAACGGUGGUACUUCGUCCUCGAAACGUCAGCGCGCACCGGUCGAUGGUGGUGGCGAGCCAAGAGGUGGCAAGGGCAGCGGCACCAUCACCACUAGCACCGGCAAACGAUUGGAUCGUCUCGGCAAGCAACUGCGCGGCGGCGGUGGCGCUUCCGGUGGUCGUGGUGUGGUAGAUGGAUCAACGGCCAAACCGGUGGUCAUUAUCGAUCUGGACGGAUCGCCAUUCCGUGUGCUGACACCAUCGCCCAAGGCCGUGAUUGUGCUGUCCGACAGCGACACCGAGAAGGACAAGGAACGUGGUGGACGAGCUGGUGGUGCGGGCGGAUCUGGUACGAGCGCUGCCGCUGGGCCAGGCAUCGGAUCACAACCAUCGGAAAAGGAUAGCACUGCCGUCGGUGGUGGUGCUAGUAUGCGAAUUGGACAAUCGUUUGGCCAAUCGCUCGGUAUCGGCGUCGACGUUGCUGGAGCUUCGGGCUCUGCUGGCUCUGGUCCUGGUGGUGCUGGCAACAUCGGCGCCCCUGGUGCCUUACAUCGCAAAACACCACCGGAUGAUGAUAUGUUUGGACCGAAAACACCGCCCGGAUUUCCAACCACUUCUGGCUCUACUGCUAGCGGCGGGAACGCCACCAACACUGUAGGAUCCUCGGCCGGUGCUGCUACUGCUAGUGGUGCUCCAUCGUCUUCGUCUUCCUCCAUUUCUGCGAUGAACAGCAAGGGACAGCAACAGGCACCCAAGUUUUCCAUGCAAGUCAAGACGAAACUGUCCAACGUACGGCCCGUCAACCCACUGUACGAUCCGGGUGACCUGGAUGAAGGCAAAGACGACAGUCCCGAGCGCCAGGAUGGUGGUGCGACGGCAAGCGACGCUGUCGAAGGUGCCACCGGUGGUCAGCCCGGUGUUGGUACGGGUGUUGCAGCAAAUGCUACCGGUCCUGGACCCAGUUCCUCCUCACAAACGGGCUACGGUUCGAUGGCAACAUCCGUUGGACCGAACACACCACCAGAACCGGCACCACAAUCACCAUCGCCCGAUGUGUACGAUCCGUUCGAACCGACAAAGUCUCCCUCACCUUCACCAACGGACGGCCGUGAUGGUCAUUCCAUUGGCCGCCUAUCGGAAGACGACGAUGAUGAUGAUGAUGAUGACGUUGAGCGUGAGCCGGUCAAGGCGACGGCAGCAUCCGGACGCGAUCAGCAUCCGGGAGCAGCAUCGGAUGGUCUCGUGAACGUUUCGGAACGCAACAGUGAGCUGAUGAAUGGAGCCGACAGUGGAUCCCGGACACCUCCACUGUUGGGCGGCCGGAUGGGUGGCAACGCCCCCAAGGUUACAGUCCUCAGCAACAUCGUGCUCAGCGGAGGACCACCACCGAAUGCGGUCAGCUCCGGUGCCAACUCAGACUCGGAUGUGGUGAUCUUCGAUGAAUUUACUCACUCUUCCGGGAUGAAAGGAUCGAAUGUGGCUGCCGGUGGUGACCGAACCGUCAACAACAGCGUCAUCUCGAAGCUGCCACUUCCUGGCCAACAGCAGCAGCAGCAGCAACAGCAGCAACAGGGCUCUGGUGCGGGCAAGUUUGGUGGCGACUUUAUGAACCCAACCGACUCACCGUACUCACCGGGGGCGAGUGAUUUCGAUGAUCUGUUCGAGCCACCGGCACCGGGUGACGGUGGCGAUCUUUCACCUCUCGCACACGGCAAGCAGCAGCAGUCCAACCAUCAUCAGCACACGAUGGGCGCUAAUGCCCAGCAAGCAUCGGCUUCGUCGGCAGCGACUGGCUACAAACCGUCAACCUCAAAGAUGCCCACGACGAAGGCGGCCAAAAAGGCUACCAAUCAUUUCGAUUCCCUGUUCGGUUCGUCGCCGAACCAUAACAACGCGAGCAAGGCGGGCGGUCGUAGCCGAAAGGGUGGCGGUGCGCACAAGCGAUCCAAAGGCGGUGCUGCAGGAGGAGGAGGAAAAUCUAACCAAAAAGGAGACGCAGCCGAUGAUGAAGAUCCUUCGAAGCUUACUGUGAAGGAAAAGUUUUUGAAGAAACUCAAUCGUCUUGAGCGUGUCGUCGAGGAGGUAAAACUAGUGAUUAAGCCGUAUUACAACAAGAAACAGAUCAACAAGGACGAGUACAAGGAUAUACUCCGACGAGCAGUACCGAAGAUCUGUCACAGCCGCACCGGGGAGAUCAAUCCGAUCAAAAUCCAAAAACUGAUCAAAGCGUACGUCCGCAAGAUCCGAGGCAAGCGGCGUCUUACCAAGAAAGGUGGCCCCGGUGGUGGUGGUGGUCCCCUAGGUUUAGCGACGGCUAACAAUAACGCCAUCAUCAUUUAGACGUAUGGCGGCAGGGUGACAACACGAUCGGUGUCGUCGGUGGUGAACGGGAUCUGUUAAUGUUUGUAAAAAGUAACGAUUUGCUUGAGCCGCUGAGAAAAAGGGAAGGGAAGGAACUUGUGCAAGCACCGACACAGCAGAAAACAAACAGAAACUCUAUCUUUAUCCAUGAUUAUUCAGAUUAUGAUUAGCAUUAAUGGUCCCAUGUACCGCUUUCUUACCACAGCAGCAGCAUCAGCAGCAGCAGCGGUUCUUAUCAUUAUGUACAAAUCCCAUCCCAACACUUACUCGAAUGGUUACUGCAGAAAAGGACAAAAAAGGAACACUCGUCUCACAAUGGGGGAGCACCUGUCAGGUCACUCUAGUAUGGUGUUUUGUGAUGUGUGUAUCAAUGCGUGAAUGGUGCAGUUUUAGAUGAACGUUAGUUUUUCUCCAUUUAUAUUAUUUCGUAAAUUUUAAUUAUUCUUUUAUUUUUACAAAAAAAAAAUACUGAGAGGGUUUUGCGCGAGUGUUUAGAGUAAGAGGAUACCUAACUUAGACAGAGAGUCGACAUGAUUGUGUGUCGUGUGGGUGGAAAAAAGAACCUAAAAAGUGUGACAAUUUGUAGAGCAAAAGAUAGAGAGGCAAGUUAUGUAUAAAUAUGGAAGGAAAUAUGAACCAAUUCUAUUCUUGAAAACGCAGAAAACCACCCAAUCGGAAAAAAUGAAGAAGGUAGAGAGAGGUGUAGUGGUGAUUCAAAACUAUUGUCUAAAUGUGACUCAUGAAUCGUCUCUCACAAUUCGCUGCUUAACGCCGGUAAGAGGUUGGCAUUCAACUACCAAAAACUGGGCACCAACACUCACGAGCCUCAGUUUUGGGCCGGUCAACUAUACGAAAGGGAGACUCGAACGAUCGCACAGCGAUAGUAGUAGGGCCACAAUCUAUGCAGAACAAACACUAAUGCUACGUUUAGAACUGUCAUCAAGUAGUAGAUGGUCGGUGGUAGGAGUGAAAGUAGUAAAUUGCCAACCUCGAUGCGCGGAUGCAACGCUUUGGGAUACACAAAUGAACCGGACUGGAAUGAGGAAUCAUUAGAGUAAUGAUAUUUAUAUUGAAAAGAAAAGGUAAGAUUGAAUGUAUUAUAGGUGAACUUAUGGCGGAAGGGAAGUGUAUACAAUGCAUUGGGUGGGCGGAAGGCAUAACAUAAUCUCCGCUUCUUCGCGUUUGCUGCAGCAACGAGUGACAGAAGGUUCCGCUUGAUGCUGAUCAUUCUCGAAACCGGAACAAUAGUCGUAACCGCGAUCGGCUAUCAUCGGAAUGUGAUGCAUUCUCGGAUACUGCCGUACGCGUAAAUAUUCAUGCAUAAGAUGAGAAUUAAUGCACUGCACCGCAACAAAACACUCAAUACACACAGAAACACUAGCAUAUACGCAUGAGUACUCCCUAUUGUUCCGUAAGUCGUCAGAACAUACAACAGGCACACGAUUAAAUGAUAAGCUAAAAAGUAGUAGUACGUUGUUAAGUAGCGAAAACACUAAGGAACGGGACGAAAGGCGAUAACACAGCACAGAGUCAGACCGGACCGGAGUGGGGUCCGGAUCAAAUAUGUCCAUACUCCAUGUUCGCUGGUUGGAACACGAGAACAGCACAGUGCUCAAAGUGCGCGGGUUACCCAAGAAUGCCGAGAAGUCAAUUGUAGCCAAAUGAGCGACGAGCUGUA